UCCACUCUUAGCUCGAUCCAAAAGCCCAACGAACUUGUGACGUUCCCUCUCUCGCCCCACACCCCGAUGAAAACCCAUGUACGUACCGCCCUCUGGGCUUUCAGUCUUGCCCCCGAACCAGGCGAAGCUUUCGGGCAACCGAAUGUUGUAAUGGCAUGUGCGUUUCUCCUCCUCGUGGCUUUAGCUCGGUUGUUGUUGAUUUCCUUAAUUCACUGGGCUCAACCUGGUGGUCCUGCCUGGGGCAUGUACUGCUUUUCCAAGAGAAAGCCUUCCCCCCUCCGUAACUUCAACAAUCCUAUUCCAGGUCCUAGAGGAUUACCAUUAGUUGGCAGCAUCAAACUGAUGGCCAACCAGCUCGCGCAUCGCCUGAUUGCAGCAGCUGCUCAAUCACAUGAUGCAAGGCGGUUGAUGGCCUUCAGCUUGGGCCACACACGUGUUAUUGUCACCUGUGAUGCCGAUGUGGCCAAAGAAAUCCUCCACAGCCCUGUGUUUUUAGAUCGUCCGAUGAAGGAGUCCGCUCACAGCUUGAUGUUUAAUCGAGCCAUCGGGUUUGCUCCUUGUAAUGACUACUGGAGAUUGGUGAGGAGAAUCGCUGCCACCCAUUUCUUCGGUCCAAAGCAAAUCAAGGCUACCGAGGAUCACAGACGUGCGAUUGCUUCUGGGAUGGUUUCAUCCUUGGGUCUCCACAACCAUCGUCAACCUUUUACAGUUCGCCAAGUCCUCAAACGAGCGUCUCUCCACCACAUGAUGCUCCUGGUGUUUGGACGCAGAUAUGAACCGGAUCAUAUGAAUGAGGAAGAGGAAGAAAUAAAGAGACUGGUCGAUGAAGGGUAUGAAUUGCUGGGCACGCUUAACUGGUCGGACCACUUCUCUUGGCUGUCUAUUUUUGAUCUUCAGAACAUUCGGGCUAGAUGCUGGCGACUCUUACCUAAGGUCAAGGUCUUCAUCAGCCGAAUGAUCAGGGAACAUAGAGAGAAGACCAGCGACAGCGACUGUAAGGACUACGUUGACGUUUUGCUCUCUCUUCAGGCUUCUGAAAAAUUGUCCGACUUGGAUAUUAUCGCCGUUCUUUGGGAACUGAUAUUCAGAGGGACAGACACGGUGGCUGUUUUGAUCGAGUGGAUUCUGGCGAGGAUGGUGCUGCAUCCUGAGGUGCAGUCCAAGGUACAAAAUGAGCUGGACGAAGUGGCGGGAUGCCAUAAGAGUGUCGACGAGGGACACGUGGCACAGCUGGUUUAUCUGCAGGCCGUGGUGAAGGAGGUCCUAAGACUGCACCCGCCGGGUCCGCUCCUCUCCUGGGCACGAUUGGCAGCAGCGGACACACGGGUCGACGGGCACCACGUGCCUGCAGGGACUACAGCAAUGGUCAACAUGUGGGCCAUAUCCAGGGACCCGAAUGUCUGGGAGGACCCUCAUCGGUUCAUGCCCGAAAGGUUCGUCCCGGGCGAGGAAGGAGGGGUGGAGUUCUCGUUGUUCGGUGCGGAUCUAAGGCUUGCUCCGUUCGGUUCGGGCAAGAGAAGCUGCCCAGGGAAGGCGUUGGGGGUGAACACCGUCACUUACUGGGUGGCCCGUCUUUUGCACCAGUAUGAGUGGCUGCCCUCUGCCUCGGACCGGAGUAACGGGGUCGACUUGACCGAGGUGCUCAGGCUUUCUUGCGAGAUGGCGUAUCCACUCACGGCAAUUGUUCGCCCCCGCCAUUAGAGCUCUUUUAAGUACUCAUGUCUGUAUUUCCACGUAGACUUUGUACUCGAGUCUGGUUUACUUGGUCGAUGGGUACCUCAUCCACCAUGAUAUAUGUCAUAAUGUCUAAAUAGGGAUGUCAGUCUUUGUUAUCUUAGUUCGUAUGGUCUUAAGAAUACGCGAAUAUAGAUACGUAAAGCGACUGGUGAUUAUAUACGUUUGUACGUAUCAUCAUAUACAUAUCAUAUUUCUCUCUCA